AUGGAGACCCGGCGCCCAGCGCGGACCUGGGCCCACGCGACCAGCCGGAACCCGCGGGCUCCCCGGGCAGCCGAGAGGGCGUACUUCAGCAGGGGAGUGGACAGCAGCCCCCAGUGCGUCCACAUCGGGGAUAGCACUGUCUGUGCCAGAGAGCCCCCCGCCAAGGGACAGGGCAACCUGGACAAAGCUCAGAGCGCCCCACUGAGAGACGCACCCCAGAGGUUACUGGAAGUGAGUCUCUGCCUGCGUAGAACUGCAGCUGAGAUGCUGUGCACGGUCACAGACAGCAAAGGAAAGUCUGCUCAUGGAAUCCGGUGCUGUGAAGAGGCUGAAAGAGUGAGCCUGCAGCAGGCAGCCCCAGGCCUCUUGGACCUGAGCACGAACCAGGACGUGGUGUGGAGGGUGUGA